GCAUGUACGACCAGUCAAACCGAGCAUUGCAUCGACUCCAAGAUGGCGAAAGCACGUCUGGCUUGCCUCCUGACUCUCCUUUCAACUCACUGCUACUUAAGUGUGUUAGCGGUGGUGCUGAGAACAAAUAACAACUCACCAUGGACCGAUGAGUUUGACAAAAUUGAGUUAUCAUGUUUGAUUGAGUCCAUUUCUACAAUCAACCCCAGAAUUGAAUGGAAGAAGAUAACAAAUGACGGACCAAGUUACGUGUACUUUGACAAGAAGAUCUCAGGUGACCUGGAAAACAGAGCGGUAAUCAGAGAACCUGCCACUUUACUGAUAACCAACGCCACAAGAUCGGACACAGCAAAAUAUCGUUGUGAGGUCACUGCCGCUGAUGACCAGAAGUCGUUUGAUGAGAUUGUGAUUGACCUUGUUGUAAGAGUAAAACCGGUGGUGCCAAAAUGCAGUGUCCCGAAAUCGGUGCCUUUUGGGAAGUCAGCUGAGCUGAGCUGUGUGGAGGAGGAGGGUUUCCCCAAGUCUCAGUACCAGUGGUUCAAGAACAGGGAGGAGAUUCCCGACGACCCAAAGACCAGCCUCAAGUUCUUCAACUCCUCAUACAUGCUCAACACAGAAACAGGAACACUGAAGUUCAUUGCAGUCAGAAAAGAAGAUGCAGGGGAAUAUUUUUGCCGAGCGAAGAACGAUGCAGGAUACUCUGAGUGUCCACCCCAGAAGAUGGAAGUCUAUAAUAUUGAUGUUGUGGGGAUCAUACUGGGAGUACUGGUGGUAGUCGUAGUGCUCCUAUGUAUAACAGUGGGGAUAUGCUGUGCAUACAAGCGAGGCUACUUCUCCAGCCAAAAACAGACAGGGAACAAUUACAAAGUUCCAGCUAAAGGAGACGGAGUGGACUACGUCAGGACGGAAGAUGAGGGGGAUUUCCGACACAAGUCCUCAUUUGUGAUCUGAGAAGGGAGAAGAUGAUGAGGGGCACUGUGCUGAGUGAAAGACAUGACACGUGGGACUGCACUCUGACCACGGAGUCUGACCACGGAGCCGCCACAGUUCAUGCUCUUAGCUCUCAGCAUGACUGAAAUCCAACUACUCAAGUUUGCCAAAGGUGACAAGAUUUCAAAGGACAACGAUAUGUUAAACCAUUACACACAUGGAGACUGAGGUGAAUUUUACAACUUUUAUCACCACCAGCUGAAUUCUUUUGCUAAAUUAUGGAGUUCUUACUUUCCAGUUAUUGCAUGGUUUUAAACACUAAUCAAGGUGGAGUAAAGGAAACAUUUCUUUGUUCUGCCAGGUGGAAAAAGAGGAGUCUCCCUCCUCUUAAGUCAAUCUAUCAUGACACAUUUCAACUGUCAACUUCUAGCUUCAAACCUUUUGUCAUUUGUAUAACAUUUCUUUUCUACUGUUGAAAUUUGUCAGACUAUUUUUGAUGGAAUAUAUUUUAAAAUGCCAAUAGAUAAAGGUUUACUUUUUUAAAUAUUUGUAAAAUACUAACGUGUUUUUUUUUUAAUUAUUAUUAUUAUUAUUUGGUUGUGGAUAAAAAUAUGUAACACUUUAACCACUUUGCAUCAAGUUGUAAGCAUUUACACCGUUGCAAUCAGAAAAAAGAAAGACAAAUGAAAGAUGACUUGUAUUAGCAUAUCAAGGUGUGGUUCUUGAUCGGCGGUCUUACAUAUUUAAUUUCUCCACUGGGAUUGCCCAGUUUCUGUUGCGAGAGACUUCCAUGUUAAUGUUUGUAGAUAGUCUUAGUAAGAGGCUUUGAAGAGUGCCAGUCAAAUGCUGUGAAACACUGUCCACAAUCAGUGCUGCAUCUUCUUGAUUUUAAGUGUCCUUCUAUGCUUGCUGUUAAUCUUGUAUAUAGUGAACCUACUGUCCAUGAUAGAGUUUAGCUGUCAUACAUAUGUUCAAUAUUACACUAUAAUAAUAAUAAUAAUAAUAAUAAUAAUAAUAUUGAUAAUAAUAAUAACAAAAACAGGGUUUGUAAGUUAACCUUCCAGACCCAAACAAAACUAGAGGAAAUAUGUGACAAAUUAUACUUUGAAAACUACACAUGGCACUACCAGAUUCCACAGUGUAAGAGCCUGUAUUUGAAUUCUAAAUAGAAACAAAUUGGACGAUCUGACACACACAACACGGACUUUUCUGUUACUGUGAGAGGCAGUUAAAGCCUGUUAACAGGACCAGGACCAGGUUUUUUUAACUACUGAGUCACCUAUUUUUAAGCUCUAAUUACUGAAGGUGCCACCGAGAUCAGUGAAAGUGCUCCAGCUCUACAGUAGAUACACAGUCAGGUAAACAUCUUUGACGGGAAUCCCGGUUGAUAUUUGCCGAUGUCCAAUUUGUUUACAAACCGUUAUUGCUAAUAGUUCAUUAGAGUAGACCUUGUCCAACAUUUCUAACCUUUGGUUGUGACUAAGUGUUUUAGUCUGAAAGAAAAAUGAUUUUAGGUUUGACUGAAGCUCAUAUUGUACUCGUUUCUCUCAGUGAAGCUGAAGGCAAACUGAACUGAUCCCACACUUCAGUGUUAGAGUAAUAUACAGCUGGGGUCUGGAGGGUUAACAGUUGUACUGAUUGUAUAUAGAUUUUUUUCUCUCUCUCUCAAGAUUAUGUAAAGUGGUGAAAAAUGUAAAAAAAAAAAAAAAAGUCCUAUUUGAGGCAAUAUGAAACUCUUCCAAUUGUAAGGCUGAGAAAAGUUAACAUUUUAUCAUAUCAUUCAUAACAUAUGAAGCUGAGCUUCUUAACAGCAGCAUGGCAAAUUGAGUCACGACUCUACGCCUUUGUCAGUUUUUAAAAGGUACACAGAAUAAACUGCUCACUCCUUCAGGUUAUUUCUGUUACUUUUGGCUUCUUCUCCUCAUCUUUUUGAGCUCCGACCGGAUAAAAAGAUCACAAACGCCUGAUAUGCAACAGUAUUCAUGUAAGUUCCAUGCCGCUCAUAUGAAUCUCUCGUUCCGCCGUUAUGAAUGUUUUCAAAUCAAGCGUGGUAAAAUAUUAACUGAAUAUCAGUCAUGGUAGAGACGAUCUGCCCCACAUUUGCACAUAGGAAGUUGUCAACACUGCUCAGUGUUUUUUCCAAGUUAACAUGUUGCAUUAAGGAACCAAGAGAAAAAAUGUACUCUUGUACUAAUAAACCUGGUAAGUUCAAGAAAAGAAUCCUGUUACAAGGACAUUACAGUAUAUGGUGAGAUACAAGUCAGCACACAGGUGCAUAAACUCCUCCUGCUCAUUUCUACAAAGUUCGUUCCUCUUAAGUGCCUUCUGCCCUUAAAGUAGUCCAGUUCCUCCAUGCUCUCUCCUCAUGGACAUGUCUAGAAUACUGCUAGGCUUUGUGCGUUGCUUUCAUUUAAUCACAAGCAUGGCGUUUGAGAGGAAUGAUGUCACUGCAAAUUUCCACCUCCCUUCUUCACAUAUCUGCAAAUUUGUAAAUAGCUUUUUUCAUAGAUUUGAAGGUGUAGACAUGUUGAAGUAAACCUAGAAAUAUAUUAGUGCCUAAAUGUAGUGGGAAUUAUUUUUGGUAAAGGCUCAUGGCACUAUUAGGCAAAAGAAAAAGACAGACACCCAAAGCGGGGACAUUUAUAUGGGCUCUGGUUUAUAACAGGUUUAAAAGACAAACUGGGGUAUGUUUUUCAUUUAUAACACCGGUAGCAUGGGGAAUUUCAUUUUGAAACCCAACACUGCACCACUGCUUUUCAGAAAUAAACACAGUGUUCAAACUUAAUUCAUAGAAGUGUCAUGCAGCCGCAAUGGAGCUGUAAUCAUUCCGGCAUUAUGAACAUGUUAUAAACCAGAGUUCAUACAGAGUGUCAACCUAAAUCAUCAAACAGGAACUCACGUACAGCAGCUACAUGUAGGCCUACAUUGACUCCGCAGACAGUCCUCAACAAGUCUGUCUGUGAUCUGGUUGGAUGUGGUCAGGCAGCAGUGAUAGAGAUUAUAUUUGCGACACACUGAGAGAUGGUUUCCAAAGUGUUCUGUGUUAGGGGGCAAGUUAAGCCAAGCUAACCCACCAUUGUCUUUCAGCUCAAGGAUGGCAGCGCUCCACUGAUCCAGCACUGUUAAACUGUUAUUGACUGAAGACUGGUACAUGUAAGAAAACCUGAUUUUCUGAACCAAACUCACACAGUAGAAUGUCCAUGUAGGGCCUGCUGGGGUGUUUUUGUUUGUUUGUUUGUUUGUUUUGUUUUUUAAUUAUUAUUAUUUUUUUGUUAAUUUUAGAACCACUCAAUUUGUGAUUAAUAAACUCACUUCUAAUAUUA